AUGCCUCGAAUUACUCCUAUUUCUUCUAUCACACGAUACUCACACCUACCUGCACGGCCGGUGUUCGCCUCACUUAGGGAUUACUCAGACUCGACCUCCAAUAGCACGAACACAAACUCGGUUGGUGGCGAUUCUCAAAAGUCAGGUGAUAAGAUUUCCGAAGCGCCAAAGCCUAAGAGAAAGACACAAGCGGAGCUCGAUGCGGAGCUUAUGGAAAAACUGCAAGGGCUUGACAGUGAGGGAGGUGCAGCUGGCGUUGAAUACGAAGACGGAAAACCUGCUUCUAUGAAGAGAAGUGUGCGAAACAACAUGUUCAGAUACAUAUGA